AUGGGGGUUCAUGCGGCCUUCAUUGACUUUCGUAAGGCCUUCGACCUUGUGAAUGACAAUAUUCUUUUGAACAAAUUAGCAGCUAUGAACAUAAAUAAACCCUUCUGGUUAUGGAUUAAAAGUUUCCUUUCCGGAAGAGUUCAACAAGUAAAUCUCAAUGGUACCUUAUCAUCCAUUGCAACAUGCCCGGCCGGAGUCCCGCAAGGCUCUGUAAUAUCUCCCAUUCUUUUUAAUACCUACAUUGAUGAUUUGGAGGACGCCUUACCAGAACAACUAAAAGUCAGUACGAAUAAGUAUGCAGAUCACUGCACACAACACCAAAUAGUGAGCGUAGAUUCUAAUAGUAAUUUACAACAAUCUAUCAAUGAAGUAAAUAACUGGGCGGUGUUAAAUAAAAUGGCAAUUAAUGCUAAAAAAACUAAGGACAUGUGGAUCUCUUUCACGGACGCUAUACCUGAACCACCACGUCUUCGUACUGGAAAUGAGUUAAUAGAAAGGGUCAACGCUUUUAAAUUACUUGGCGUGUCGUUCCAAAAUAAUCUAAAAUGGAACGCACAUGUUGAAGAGAUUACACGUAAAGCAAAUAAACGCCUUUACCAUCUUAGAGAAUGCAGGAAAUCGCAGUUACCAGCUGAAGUCGGUAUUACUACCUAUCAAUCCAAAAUAAGACCAAUUCUCGAGUAUGCAUCACCUGUCUGGGCGGGACUUCCUAAUUACCUGCGAGAUGAAAUAGAGCGGGUUCAAUCCAGGAGCUUAAGAAUCCUUGGCCUGGAAAAAGAUUACCUACCACCGCUGAACGAAAGAAGGGAAGAGGCAACUAGUCGAGAAGUUGAUAGGUUUAUGAACGAUCCAAACCAUCCCUGUCGCAGUGUUUUGCCAAAAUUAAUUAACAAUCAGUACAAUUUAAGGAACAUUGACCGGAAUCGCAAUAUAUCAUUCUUCUCAGGAACUGAAAGGCAUAAACAUUCUUUUUCAGGAAGAGCUUGUAAAUAUGUAUAA